AUGCGUCGCAUUUCUGAAAAGACAGUUUCCCCUCUGCCCCUGUCCUGUCUGCGCCUCCUGGUCCCACCACUUCGACUGGUCUCUGCAGCAAUUUGGGAAACUGUCCAGCAGAAAGUUGUGGCCAAUUAUGGGCUGCUGGAUGACUUUGUGACAGCGGUCACUGAGAUUGUCCCAGAGCUGCUCAAUCGCAGACAGAGGUGUUUGCUGAGCCUUGGCCUUCGGGCUCAGCUGUCACUGGAGAUGUGUCGCCCAGAGCAGAUAAUAGACCUUGCGACCAUUCAGCCACACCUGGAUAUAAUCACUUCACUGUGGAACACAGAGUGUAGUGAUGUCUCCUGUACUGUAUGUACCUGCUCUGAUCACAUCCCAAAGAAUAGUCAGGCAAUACCAAGGUCUGAAGAUGAUAAGGUUUCGAUAACACCCAAAAAUAAGCAAUCAAAUGGGGGUUCUGAAGUACCCUCAACCAGCAAGACUUGUCCCACAUGUGGUAAGACAUACAGUCGGGCUUCAGAUAUGAGACGGCAUCAGAGGACUCACACAGGAGAGCGGCCUUUCCAAUGUUGGCGCUGUAAGAAAUGCUUUCAGUUCCAGUACGACCUGAAGAGACACGAGUUAAAUGUGUGUCGAAUCACUGUGCCACAGCCUCAGAACCGCUGCUCUGAAGGACUUGAAUACAAAAACACUCAAGACCCAAAGCAAGGGGAAGUUCGUGGCAAACUCCGAACUUCACUGUCAGACGUUAGGAAUCAUGAAAAGGAAUUUCUGGUAAAUAAGAAACAAGUGCAUGCUCCUUCUGGAGAGGUAGUACCUGUUCCCACCGAGCAAGAUCUCCGACCAGCCAGCAGCAAAGUACAGUUAGGAGACAUAAAGGAGUCGAGCCAGGACCAUCAUCAGGGUAAUCAUAGCGGCAAGAAAUUGAAGGGUUUUAAGCACAAAGACACUGAUUCUUCACUGUAUUGUGUGGAGUGCAACAGGUCAUUCCCAGACACAGCAAGACUUAAGACUCAUAAUCUGAGACACAAGCCUCUCCCAUGCACCAAGUGUGGUGAGAGUUUUAAAGGUUUCAUAGAUCUCAACCAGCACUAUGUCGAAGUGCAUGACUUCAGAGGACCUUUCCGCUGCACUUUGUGUGAACGAACUUACACAGAUCUAAGAGGCCUGAUCAGCACGAGAGGUUCCACACAGGCGAGCUCCCUUUCAAAUGCCCAAAGUGUCCUAAAGCGUUCAGUUACGCAUCCGCUCUGACGCUACACGACCGUACUCACACAAAAGAGGCGCCAUUCCUCUGCUGGGAUUGUGGGAAAGGCUGCAAGUCCAACGCCGCUCUGAGAAUCCACAGGCUGUGUUGUCACAGCAGUGCCAAGGAGAAGCGCUUCUGUUGUGAGGACUG